GGCUCUAGCCCAAGGCACAUCUACAAGCAGUAGAGCAGCCAAGAUGUCUUGUUCUCCCCCUUCAUUCAUAUUCCCAUUUCUCUUCCUAUCCUUCAUUUUACUCGCGUCUUUCACUGCUCAUGCUUCUGUUCCCAUCAAAAACACUUUCAAGUAUGUCAACGAAGGCGAAUUCGGGCCUUACAUCGUUGAGUAUGGUGGAGACUACCGCACCCUUCCGAUCUUUGCUUCACCCUUCCAAUUUUGUUUCUAUAACACCACCCCUAAUGCCUACACCCUUGCUUUAAGAAUGGCUAUUCAGCGGACUGAGCCAAUCUAUCGUUGGGUGUGGGAAGCCAACCGAGGGAAACCAGUUGGAGAGAAUGCAACACUAACCUUCGGCACAGAUGGAAAUCUUGUCUUGGCCAAUGCUGAUGGCAGAGUUGCUUGGCAGACCGGCACAGCCAACAAGGGCGUGGUGGGGCUCAAAUUGCUUUCAAAUGGGAACUUGGUGCUUCAUGACUCAAAAGGUAAAUUCAUUUGGCAGAGUUUCGAUUAUCCCACUGAUGUCUUGCUGGUGGAUCAGUCCCUUCGAGUAGGGGGCGUAACCAAGCUUGUUAGCCGGGCAUCUACGGCAGACAACUCAGAUGGGAAAUAUAGCUUGGUUAUGGAACCCAAAAGAUUGGCUAUGUACUAUAAGGGCAGCAACUCCCCAACCCCAAUGCUCUAUGCUACAUCUUCAGUAUGGUUUACUAUUGAUAAGGGUUCUCUGCAGAAUGUGACUCUGACUGGUUCUCCAGAUGGUCUUGGUUAUGCUUAUUAUCUAAACUUGAACUACCAUCUCUCCAACUCACCAUAUCCGACUGGAGGCCGCAUUUUGGUUAGACCCAAGUACAAUAGUACAUCAACAUUUCUUCGUCUUGAUAUGGAUGGGAACAUCAGAUUGUAUACGUAUUUUGACAAGGUGGAUUAUCAGGGUUGGCAAGUGACCUACACUCUUUUUGAUAGAGAUUCAGGUGAUGAGACUGAGUGCCAAUUGCCAGAGCGAUGUGGGAUGUUUGGCCUCUGUGAGGACAGCCAGUGUGUUGCUUGCCCAUCACCAAAGGGCCUGAUGGGGUGGAGCAAGGACUGUGCGCCAUUGAAGUUAUCUGGUUGUGGGGUAAAAGAUUUUCACUACUACAAACUUGAAGGGGUUGAUCAUUUCACGAGCAAGUACAGUAAGGGAGAUGGACCCAUGAAGGAGAAGCAAUGUUCGGAUAAAUGUACCAGGGACUGUAAGUGUCUGGGCUAUUUCUACCACACACUCACAUCAAGGUGUUGGAUCGCAUAUGACCUUAACACCUUAACCAAAGUCCAGAAUUCAACACAUUUGGCUUACAUAAAGGCACCUAAUAAGUUCUGAACAGAGCAGAGAGCUUUGUUGUUUGGGGUUAAUCUUUAUUAUUAUGAUGAUGAAUAAGGGGAAGUGGAAAAGAUUAAUGGUAAAGUUUUCUUUUCCUUCUCCCUUUUGAAUAUAUGCUUUUUUCCGCUCUCUUCUUCUUCUUCUUCUUUAUGAGCAUUGUAACCUAUCUGCGGAUAAAUGGAAUGUACUAGGUUUGAAACUGUUAUUUUCUUUGAUGAGUUUUUCCAAAUUCCA